AUGACGGGCGCCAAGAAAAGAUCGGGAGCAGCGUUAGUGGAUGCGGUUCAAUCGAAAGCGCCAAAAUCAAGUACAGUUGCCCAAGAAAAAAACAGUCAAAUUCCAAUUGUAUGGAAAAAGGAUCAUGUAAAAACUCAAAUUUUCGGAAAUGAAAAACCAUCCAAAAAAAGAACUCCGCUAGUGGCUCCUAGAGUUCAGCAAUCAAAAAUUGAAGCGCAAACUUCUCAGGCUGUGGAAAAAAAACAGGAAGACCAAACUUUCGCUGCCACCGUGAAGAUGUCAAAAACAAGUCUAAAAACUUCUCCCAAAAACGACGGAGAAUUAUGGGCAGAUAUUCAGAAGUUGUCGCCCCAUACGGGAAUAAUAAUUCAUAGCUUCAUAAAGCAGUACAACGACUCGCUCAAGAAUCUCAAGAAGAAAGACUUGGUGGUCAGCAAGAAAAUGAGAGCCAUCGCCAUGGACUCGUUGAAGAAAAAAUCGGAAAAUAUCAGCUUGAAGGAAAAGUUGACAAAUAUGGAACUGGAGCUGGCCCAACUGAAAACGGAUCUCCUCGAGCAGCAGGAGAAGAACGCAGAGAACAUCCAGAAGUACACGGAAAUCAACAAAAAGUACACCAACUGCGAGCAACACUACGACAAGGAGCUGGAAAUCAUAAAAGCCUGUGUUGAGAAGAAAAAUUCAGAGCUUCGAGAUGCUCAAUUCCGGAUUUCCCUGCAGGCCCAAGAGCUGAAUAAUAUGCAGCAAACGAAUCGUGAGUUAGCUGGAGCCUGCAAUGGUUAUAAAACGGAUUUGGAAGAGGCAGAAAUGGCCAAAUCUAAGAUCCUACAGGAACUUACCGGUCUCAAAGAGAUGCACGAAGAUCUACAGCUUCAAUUUGAAGAAGUGUCUGCACAAAGGGAAAACUGCGAGGCAAACAUUUUACAAUUAAGCAGCGACUUAAAUGCCAAGAUGCUUGCCUGCGCCGAGCUUGAAGAUCGCAUUGAGCAGCUGCCAAUAGAGGCCAACAAAGCUUUGUCGAAACUGCAAAGUAAUUUGGAAGCCAGUGAAUUGCAGUUCGUGGAGCAGCAACGAUUGACUGAUCAGGCCACAAAGGAACUCGAACUUGUUCGCAAUGAGAUAAAUACGUUAAAGACGCUCAUUGAGGAAAAGGAAAGAAGUCAUGUUUCCCUAAGUGAUGAACUAACUCAAAUGACGGAGAGAUUGAGCGAGCUGGCUGAUAUCAACGAAAGUUAUCUCAAUGAGUUGACUGAAACAAAGUUGAAGCAUACCCAGGAAAUAAAAGAGCAAGCAGAUGCCUACGAGAUUGUUGUUCAAGAGUUAAAAGAGAGCUUGAACAAGGCUUCAGUUGAUUUUACUCAGCUAAAAAGCAACAGUGAGAAACUACACAAAGAAACCCUUCUGCAGGUCUCCCAACUUCAGGAAAAACUUACUGAAAUGGUGUCCCAUCGCAGCAAUCAGGAGGAGCUAGUGAAGCGUCUUGGUGACGAACUUCAAGAAAAAACUCACAGUUUUGAAGAAGAACUCAAAAGACAACAGGUGCAGCUAGCUAAUCAAAUGCAGAUGAAGACCACUGAAGUUGCGAGCGAAAAUAAGCGCAACGCUGUUCAGAUACAAACACUCAAAUCUGAACUCGAAGACAGGAAUAAAGCUUUUAAGGCUCAACAAGACAAAUUGGAAUUUUUGAUUAGUGAUCUUGAUAAACUUAAGAACGCUAUUAUCAAUCUUCAGGCUGAAAAAAUGGAAAUCGAGAGUGAAUUAUCCACGGCCAAAGUUAAAUUUAGCGAGGAAUUACAGUUCCAGAAAGAUAGCUUAAUGAAAAAGGUAUCCGAAUUGGAGCUUGAAAUUAAAAGAAAGGAAAACGAAUUGAUUGAACUUGAGCGUGAAAAGAACAAUGAAAUGGCCGUGCUGCAAUUUAAAAUGAAUCGAAUUAACUGCGUGAUCGACCAACCAGUGACCACAAUUAAACAGCUAAAAGAUUCCAAAGGGCCAACCAAAACUGAGAGCAUUCCUACCAAGGUGCAACCGGAAAAUACGGACGGAUUUUCAGGCACUGCCAAAAAGCGUAAUGCUCGUCGUCAAAAAAUUACCACUUAUUCCUCCGACUUUGAUAGCGGUGAUGAUAUGCCAAUCUUGGGCAACUCUUUAAACGGCAAACGUGUCAAAUUAUGUACGCCCAUCAAGCCACAAAAUAAUAUUGAUUUGUUCGACAUGUUGAAGAAUUCUAAAUAACUAAGCAGUACAACGAACGUACAGACAACAUUAUAAAUUCUUACUCUUUGUUUUUAGUAAAAUGAAAGAAUAUUGAGUUUAGAAAUUCAUUCAAAACUUUAAAUAUCAUUUAAACAUCUGUACUUCUUUGAAAACUUGUCUGAAACUGGCAAGCUAUUUUUAAGAUGAU